AUGACGGAACAGCCGGUAUCAGUCCUCUUCGUCUGCCUCGGCAACAUCUGCCGCUCGACCAUGGCCGAGGGUGUGUUCCGCAACAUUGCGCAGAAGCCGCCGUACAAGGGCCUCAUAUCCAAGGUGGAUUCCUGCGGUACAGCGGCCUACCACGUUGGCGAUCCCCCAGACUCGCGUACGAUGGCGACGCUCGAGGACCACGGUAUUACGGAUUACCGCCACGCCGGUCGCAAGGUGUCGCCAUCCGACUUUAACAAGUUCGAUUACAUCUUCGCCAUGGACCGGUCGAACCUGCGAGACCUCCAGAACCUCCAGCAACGGGGCAACCCGGACUCCAAGGCCAAGGUGAUGCUGUUUGGCGAGUUCUCGGGAGGGCGGAGACCAGAAGUAGUGGACGACCCGUACUACGGCGGGGACGAGGGCUUCUCCAAGGCCUACGAGCAGUGCACGCGGUUUUCCGGCAACUUUCUGAAGCACGUUUUCCCCAACAUCGACCCGAAGGCAUAA